AUGGAUAAUAAUGAUAAGCAAUACGAGGAUGACAUGCUAAAUGAUGAUUUGCCUGGUAAUAAUGCAAGAUAUAAGCUGAAGCAUCGUAACGAAGUACGAUUAAAUUAUGAUUCAGAUUCAUCGCUUGAAGAUUAUCGUAACGAAGAUAAGCAAAUAACUGAUAACAAAGGUGAGGAAUCCAAUGAUGAUAUGUUCGCUAGUGAUGAAGAUAAUGAUGAAGGUGUUGGAGAUAAUGAAAAGGAUAAAAUAGACGAUUCAGAAACUAUUGGCAACUUGCAACAUACUGAAACUUUUGAGAAGGACCAAUUUGAUGAUCCUGUGAACGAAGAUUACAAACUCAAUCCAAUAUAUGAAAGUGACGAUGACAACGAAGACAAUGAAGAUAGCAAUAAUGGAGAAUAUAAUAAAACAAAAAUAGAUUAUUAUACAAAUAUAGAGCAUUUGCAUAAUGCUGAGAGUGCAGCUCAUCCAAAACAUAAACUGGCACCUAAAAUAGAGGCAUUUGAUCUCAUUGAAGAAGCAGAAGAAGGAAAAUUCGAUGAAAGCGGUAAUUUUGUUAGAAAUACAUCUGAUAAUGAUAACGAUAAAAACGAAGAAUGGAUGGAUUUAAAAAAGAGUGAUAUAAAAAGAGCGAAGAAAGCACAACUAGAGAGAAAUAGAUUAGAUAGGGAACGAAGAAUGAAAGAAUCCACCGAUGAAUUCAUACCGAUAGCAAAACUAUUAUCUGAUUUAAUUGAGUUGUUAGAACCUGUCGAAACUCCUAUGGAAGCACUUACAAGAUUUUCUCCUCCUAAGAAAUCCAGAUCUAGGAAAAAAGAUCAUAAGAAUAACGAAAAUGAUCAAGAAAGGAAAAAAACAGUUAUCAGACUUACAGAAAUAUGCGAUCAAUUAAUUAAUAAGAAGGGCAUUAUAAAUACUUAUGAAUUAACAAGAGAAGAAUUGAUGAGAAAAUAUACACAAGAGACAGGUACUGACUAUAAGCAAGGGUCGCGGGGAAAGAAAAGGACAAGAGAAGAUGAUGAGGAUAAUAGUAAGGAUGCUUAUUAUGGUGAUAAAAUUUGGGAAUUUAAGUGGAACGGGCAAGAUGAAAUUCAUGGACCAUUUUCUGAAUUUGAAAUGUAUCAUUGGUCAAAAGAUUACUUCCAAAAUAACGUUGUAGUACGAAAAAUUAAUGAAAAGAAUUUUAAAUCAGUAAUUAAUGUUAAUUUCGAUUCAGGUGACAUGUCAUAA